GUCCGGUGGAGAAUAUAUAUCCCUUAUACCUAUGUACCCUUAUACCUAUAUAUCCUUUCUCCGCGGAUAUUCGCGCUUAUUUAGGACUUUCCUUUAGUAGGUCGCCGUACCGGCGACCUAGCUACCUAACUCGUAUAAUAUCUGCCUAAUAUUAUCCUCCUGACCUACGCGUUGGCCGUAGGGUACAUCCCCGUACGACAGGUAGGCUCGCUGCUGUCUCGAUACUUAAUAGCCUGGGGCAUAUUCAAUUUAUGUUAACGUGUAGUGAAUAUCCCAGGCUACCUUUAGAGAGCGGAAUGUUGGGUCGAUUAGUUAUUCUCUCAGCCCCUCAACCUCCCGCUAUCUUAUCUAGCCAGACGACUUCCCGUAAUCUCUCGUGCCCGUCUCCCAUUUUCGACCCCCAAUUCUCCCCCAACCGUGAAUCUACCUCCAAAGAAAUCUUUUACCCUCAAAGCAGCUACUGGGGCGUAUCUCUGAGCGCUGAUAGAUGGCCAACGAAACCAACCCGUGGUAUGCAGGAUUUGCUGGGCUCUUCUCCUUGCUUAUGCGGUGAUCCCCGACCUCGUCGUAUUAUCGGACGUUAUGGGAAGGUUCGGGAAUUUGCAACGGUCGUGUUCACAGUCGUUGCCCGGGCCUUUGGAGGGACUGGUAUUUUCAUUUUCCUCAGCAGGCGGUAUCCCCCGACUAGUUUCGCCUCGCGAACAGGAUGAACCGAUAUAGGUAGGUAUCAGGAGUUAUUCCACCUCCUAAUCUAAAUCUUGCUGAAGCUUUUUUUUGCUAUCCCACACGACGAGCGGGGCGUGCUGGAGCUGCUCUCUCGCUGUGAUGGCACGGCAUUAUUUACCCGCUGCGUAAUGACAUGGCCAAUAGGCCAACUAAUUUCGAGACACGACGCAAAACGCGUUAGGCCCCUGCUUCGACCAUGGCGGUGAUCCUGUCGCUCGGUCUGACUCACAUUCGUCCUCUGCCCUUUGGC